AGAAACUUGUGGCACACCCGACUGUGGCCCCCUUGUGCUCACACCAUCCGCGCCCCAAUUCCUGAACUCUGUCAAGGGCCGGGAGAACUCUUCCACUGGCCCCAAGAAGUGGGAUGGAUUGGCCCAGGCCGGUCUCUGAGCGAUGAGACCGCACCCUCCCGGGAGCGAGGCGGAAGUUGCAAGAAGCCGCGGAGAGGAGGCAGGAGAGGCAAGGGUGGUGGAGAUGAGUGGUCUCGGCAGACUCUUCGGGAGGGGGAAGAAGGAGAAGGGGCCAACCCCUGAAGAGGCAAUACAGAAACUGAAGGAGACAGAGAAGAUAUUGAUCAAGAAACAAGAGUUUCUGGAGCAGAAGAUUCAACAGGAGCUACAAAUGGCCAAGAAGCAUGGGACCAAGAAUAAGAGAGCUGCCCUACAGGCUUUGCGGAGGAAGAAAAGAUUCGAACAGCAGCUGGCACAAACCGAUGGGACAUUAUCUACCCUGGAGUUUCAGCGUGAGGCCAUUGAGAAUGCCACCACCAAUGCAGAAGUGCUUCGGACCAUGGAGCUUGCUGCCCAAGGCAUGAAGAAGGCCUACCAGGACAUGGACAUUGACAAGGUGGAUGAACUGAUGGCCGACAUUACAGAACAACAGGAGGUGGCCCAGCAGAUCUCAGAUGCCAUUUCUCGGCCUGUGGGCUUUGACGUGGAUGAGGAUGAACUGUUGGAGGAGCUAGAGAAGCUGGAGCAGGAGGAAUUGGCCCGGGAGUUGUUACAUGUAGGCGACAAGGAGGAAGAACCCCCCAUCAAACUGCCCAGUGUACCUUCCACACAUCUACCUGAAGAGCCAGCUCCCAAAGCGGAUGAAGAUGAAGAAGCACUAAAGCAGUUGGCUGAGUGGGUGUCCUGAUGUGUCUGGGCUUGUUUUCCUGGCGCUGACUUCAUUGGUCUCUUUUCCUUAAGUGCCAAGUGCUAAGCUAAAGGAACAUAGCCUUUUGGGGGGGUCCUGCUGAGGGUGAUAGUGACCCUGCCUGAAAAAGGGUUGUUGCCCUCCCCUCCCUGGCUCAACUCUGAGAGAGAAUGUUGGUGCAAGAGGAGCCCCUUGGCUUCCUUCUCUUUGAUAACAGGUACAGUGCCCUUGUUCCCAAUAAAAUCAGGCAGAUGGAACCCUAGUGUUUAUACUGCCUCAUCUACGCCUGAAA